GCAGGGCAUUAUGGGGCGGAGAUGGCAUUCUAGUACACACAGACGACGGCAUAGCAAGGCUAGUACGAGACCUGUAACAUACCUGCGAGCGGACACAGAUAUCGACUAAAAGCAGUCAAACAAGCAAACGUGUCCUGCAAACGGGAAUCGGCUCUCGGAUUUUGGCGUCAUGGCUCAAAAUGAUUUAAUGAGCAACGCGGAGGACGUGGCGGAUCAGUUCCUUCGAGUGACGAAGCAGUACCUGCCCCACAUAGCGCGUCUCUGUCUGAUUAGCACGUUCCUGGAGGACGGCAUUCGCAUGUGGUUCCAGUGGAGUGAGCAGAAAGAAUAUAUUGAGACGACGUGGGGAUGUGGCUUCUUCCUGGCUUCGCUGUUUGUUUUAAUCAACUUACUUGGACAGCUGGGUGGUUGUAUACUGAUCCUGAGUAGGAAUUUUGUGCAGUAUGCCUGCUUUGGAUUAUUUGGGAUCAUCGCCUUACAGACGGUUGCCUAUAGCAUUCUUUGGGACCCGAAGUUUUUGAUGAGGAAUUUGGCUCUGGGUGGAGGUCUGCUGCUGCUGCUUGCGGAGUCACGCUCUGAGGGCAGGAGUAUGUUUGCUGGGGUCCCCACGAUGAGAGAGAGCUCUCCUAAACAGUACAUGCAGCUGGGUGGCAGAGUCCUGCUUGUGCUGAUGUUUAUGACGCUCCUGCACUUUGAUACAAGCUUCCUCUCGAUCUUGCAGAACCUGGUGGGCACAGCUCUUAUUGUCCUAGUGGCAAUCGGUUUCAAGACUAAACUAGCCGCCCUCACCCUGGUCGUCUGGCUGCUGGCCAUCAACGUGUACUUCAACGCUUUCUGGACCAUACCAGCCUACAAGCCCAUGCACGACUUCCUGAAGUACGACUUCUUCCAGACCACGUCGGUGAUCGGAGGCCUUCUGCUGGUAGUAGCACUAGGCCCAGGUGGAGUGUCCAUGGAUGAGAAGAAGAAAGAGUGGUGAGACAGGACUGAACUCAAACGGCUCACUCGCUCACUCAGUAGUUUGCCCUUUGGCAACAGCUUUCACACAAAGCAGGUACACUACUUAGGGAGGAACGAGCCAGUUGAGACGUGGCCUCACAAACACCCCAGGACCAACAGAACGACCCGUUCUCCACAUCUCAUGCACUGUCUGUGUGUUUCAUCUUGCGUGCUUACUGAAUUAUUUCUACCAGCACUUUUAGACAUAUUAGUUUAUCAUAUUUAUUUUCUAAGGUUCGGGUCCGAUUCUGUUAUUUGAGAACCCCCUUGAAAAUCUGAAACAUCCGUGUUAUCAAAGCUGCGAUUGUGUUGAACGAAUAACAAUGAUCUCCUUUUCCAUUUUUCUCUGCCUUUUUAUUUCGGUGCCAAUUGCAAGUUAGCAAACCAAAGACAUAUCCUUCAGAUAUAUACGUCAUUCUGCUUUUAAGUUCAUUUAAGCCAUUUAAUUCACAAAAUUAAUUUGAAGUAAAAUGCAGAUGUCAUUUGAUAUAUACGUCAUUCUGCUUUUAAAUUCAUUUAAACCAUUUAAUUCACAAAAUUAAUUUGAAGUAAAAUGCAGAUGUCAUAAAGUUUUUUUUUUUUUUUUUUUUUUUUUUUUUUUUUUUUUUCGGUCAGUCUUGUUCCAAGUGCUGUCUAUGGGCUGGACUUCAACUAAUAUUGUUGCUGUGUAAAAAAAAAAAAAACUGUUGCACACUGGUUGUUUUAAAUGUGUUGAUCUGUCCCCAUCAACAAGCCAAACAGGUCAUCGAAGAUUUCGCAAAAAAAGAUUGAAGAAGUAUUGAAAAUUUUUUACCAUUACUUUACCAGACGGAAAAGUUUAAAGGCUAUUUUGAAGAGCGUUCCAUUCCAUUCUAAAGAUUCGUUGGCAUCUCAUGUCCGUGUAAGAAGCUGUUAGUUAGCGUGUUCGCUGUUGUCAGGUCACUUUGAAGUUUACAAAAAGUGAAUUAUAGUGUUUCUCGAAACAAGCAGAGAGUGAGAUGACAAUAUUGAAACCCUGUGGUUUGUCAGACUCAGUGUUUAUCCUCUUUGUACAAAAAAUGACAGAAAAAUAUUGGUUUUCUAAGUGUUUUAAAUAUUUGUUUUGACAUAUAAAGGGAAAAGAAAAAAUGUCGUUGGUUGUUUUAAUUUUUCUUUUUUAAUCUCUAGGUUUUUUUGUUUUUUUUUUAAAGUAAUCAAUAAAAUUAGUGAUAUUCAAAAAAACAGCCCUUCUGGUCUAAAUGACAUGAACACAGAUGAAUGGUUGUCUGAACAUAAACAAAAAUGUUUGAGACAUUAUUUUUCGUAUUUAAAACCGUGGUCGUGUCAGGUGUCUCCCAAACCUUCACAACAAGCAGGAAGUCAAAAGAAAAUUUCCUCAAACAUUUAGCACAUAAAUGUGAAGUGGUAAGAUUUUGUGUAGGCCUAAUCUUUAGAGUUACAUUAGCUAUCUUUGCAUGCCUCAAGAAUGAUUGACCUAAUAUUAAUGUACUACACUUAUACAUAUGUUUUAAAAUAUAGAGAAUAUUUUUAAAGGAAAUCCUUUUAAAAUGGUAUUGUGUGUCUGUCUGCAGAUUUCUUCUUGAAAACCCCAAAAAGCAAAAAUGUGACUGUGCAGAAAGACUCGUCAUGUGUGCAUUAUCUGCCUUUUGUGCUUGUUAAGAGAACACUAAAUCAGCUGUUUUUGCUAGACAACAUUUUUAUAUAGACCAGGGGUCACCAGAUCUGGUCCUGGAGGGCCGGUGUCCCUGCAAAGUUUAGCUCCAAC